AUGAAUUAUACCACCUUGACACUGGACUUUCAUUACAAACUCAGGGAAACAAAGACAAAGAUAAUGAAGAUCAACUUUUUAAGCAGCAUAUCAGGCAUCCUAACACUACUGGCAUAUACAAAUGCAGCCACUUCCAACGUCAAAACCGUGAUCUCCCCAGCCCAAUUCUAUGAAACGUGCAACCGUAAUGAUUCAUACACGGUGGUAAAAUAUUAUACAUCAUGGUGUCACCAUUGUAAGAGAUUGAAACCAAUUUUUGAAGAAGUGAGUAACCUUUAUGCAGACCAUGUAGAUGAGGAUGGGUUUAAGGUGAAUUUCCUGAAUGUUAAUUGCGAAUUAUUUGGAUCAACUUUAUGUGCUGAUUUGCCAGGUUUCCCCAUUAUCGAACUUGUUAAACCUCUACAUGGAUUAUCGGUUGUUGAGGAACCAUUGAAUACGGAGAUAGAACCAUUUUGGAAAAGAAUACCCUUAGGAUUUUAUAAUUGGGCAUUUUCUAAGAAAAAUCCUGAUGCGAAGAUAGGCCAAGAAAGAAUAUUACGAUAUCAAGGGAGAAGAGAUACAGAAGCUAUUCAUAAUUUUAUUGCUACGGUUGUAGGAAAAGAUAAAUUAGCUAAUAAAGUGGACCUGGUUUUAGAUGACGAUUAUCAAUGUCACGAGGAUGAUUCAUUAUGUAAAGAUGGGAAGGUAUACUCUCAAAGGAUCCUAGAAUACAUAAAAGGAGAACCUGUUUAUGGCAAUAUCGCUAAUUAUAUUAACAAGGAAAGAAGCAAAUUAGAAAACAUUUUGAGAAAUAAUAAGAAUGAAGGGUCUACUUUAAAAUUAGUCGAAUUCAAAUUAGAAUUAUUAGCUAAUAUUGAAGCCCGUGUCGACGAUAUUAAUCAUGAUGAAUUAUAG